AUGGCAGCCGGAGCUAUUUUAAAAACCACUGGGGCGAUUGCCGCCAUCACCACGCUCGUUCUUAUCGGAACAGGAUUGUUCUACAUGCUCAGUGGUCAAGGCCAUCGAUUCGACAUUGCCUGGUUCUUGACUUCCACUUCCCCACAUAUGUGGGCCGGACUUGGAAUUGCUUCCUCACUUUCUUUGUCAGUUUUGGGUGCUGGAUGGGGAAUUUUCACAACCGGAUCCUCGAUUCUCGGCGGAGGAGUCAAAGCUCCAAGAAUCCGCACGAAAAAUCUUGUUUCAAUUAUUUUCUGUGAGGCUGUGGCUAUCUUCGGAAUUAUCAUGGCGUUCGUUUUCGUCGGAAAGUUCGCUGAGUUUCAACGUGAGAAACUUGACCUUUCCGGUCCUGGUGGACUUGCCAUUCUUUCCCGCAACUUGGCAGCUGGAUACAUGAUUUUCGGAGGAGGGCUUACCGUCGGACUUAGCAAUCUUGUUUGUGGACUUGCUGUUGGAAUCGUCGGAUCAGGAGCGGCCAUCGCUGAUGCUGCCAAUCCCGCUUUGUUUGUGAAAAUCCUCAUCAUCGAAAUUUUCGCUUCUGCUAUCGGAUUAUUCGGCAUGAUUAUUGGAAUUGUUCAGACCAACAAAGCUUCGAUGGGAGACAAGUAA